ACACUGCUGCCUGCCGACAACAACAUAACUUUUCUAUUUUAAACGGGCCUUUAAUCGAAUUAUAUUAGGUGUAAUGUGCUGAAAAAUACAUAAAAUAGCUACUUAUCAUAGAUGUUAAUGAGAAAGUCACUCAUUCAACACCCACCACGUUUGUUAUCUAGAUUAGUUCAUUUUAUAUAAAUCAAAAUCCUCAUCUCGGCUGUGGCAAGCGGUUAGAGUUGUGUAACACGGUCGGGCCCGAAGACAGCAGCAGCAGAAACGCGAAAAGAACCUUGUGUCGCUGUGUUUUUUGAAUUGAAGCAGAUUAAUACCAUGGCGCUCGAGAUGGAUACUAAAAAUUCAAAUUCAUCGGGGACGGCGGAUGCAGCGGCUGCAACAACAAAAACCAACAAGGCCAAGGAGAACAACAAUUUGGCCGGCAGUAAAAAGAAUCAAAGUCAGAACUUGGUCAAUGGCAAUGGCACUACUGCUGGCGAUGGCCCCGCAACGAAGAAGAAAGGCAAGAAAAACCGAAACAAAAGCCCACCCGUAACCGCAGAUGAAGCCGCUCUGAGCAAUGGACAUGUCGAGGAGAAGAAAUCCGAAGAAGAUGGCGAGGCCUCGGCAUCGGCAUCGGCCGAUGCUAAUGCGAAUGUGCUGGCUGUCAAGGAAGAGAAGGCGGCGGGCGGUGAUGGAUCGGCUGAGGCUGCUGAGCUCGAAACGGAGGACAUUGACCUGGAUGCCCUGCACGAUGUGGGUAUUCAUGUGAACAUCAGCUGUCCCGGAGCAGAGCUAUUGACCGUGCAGCUGUCCAGCAUGGAGCUGGUCCAGGAGAUCCAUCAACUGCUCAUGGAUCGCGAGGAGUCCUGCCACCGGACCUGCUUCUCCCUACAGCUGGACAACGUGACGCUCGACAAUUUCGCCGAGCUGAAGACGAUCGAACAGCUGGAGACGGGCUCCACCAUCAAAGUGGUCGAGGAGCCGUACACCAUGCGGGAGGCCCGCAUCCAUGUGCGUCAUGUGCGCGAUCUGCUGAAGAAUCUGGAUCCCGCCGAUGCAUAUAAUGGCAUUGAAUGCACCUCGCUGACCUACUUGAAUACGAUCACGCAGGGCGAUCUCUUGGACAAGAAGAAGACGCGACCCGACUCUGUCGAUUGCACGCCGCCGGACUAUGUGACCCCCGGAGUGUUUGAGCCGCCACUGCUGCCCCUCCAUCCGAACUUCAAGAACGCCAAGGGGCCACAGGCCCUGAAGGUGCUCACCACAUCCGCGUGGAAUCCGCCGCCUGGUCCCCGCAAGCUACACGGCGAUCUCAUGUAUCUGUAUGUCAUCACCAUGGAGGAGAAGCGCUAUCACAUCUCGGCCUGCUCCAGGGGCUUCUUCAUAAAUCAGUCCACGGACGACACCUUCAAUCCAAAGCCAGACAAUCCCAGCCAUCUGAGUCACUCGCUCAUCGAUCUGCUCUCCCACAUAUCGCCCUCGUUCCGACGUGCCUUCCAAACCAUACAGAAGCGUCGCACACUGCGACAUGCCUUCGAGCGGGUGGCCACACCUUACCAGGUGUACCAGUGGGCGGCCCCCACACUGGAGCACACCGUAGAUGCCAUACGGGCCGAGGAUGCCUUUAGCUCGAAGUUGGGUCUUGGCGGUGGUCUUUCGUUCGUUUCGUGCAGCUACGAGGAGCACAUACCCGGCCAGACGCGCGACUGGAACGAGGAGUUGCAGACGACGCGUGAACUGCCUCGCAAGACACUGCCAGAGCGCUUGCUGCGCGAGCGCGCCAUAUUCAAAGUCCAUGGUGACUUUGUCACUGCCGCCACAAGGGGAGCCAUGGCCGUCAUUGAUGGCAAUGUGCUGGCCAUCAAUCCCGGUGAGGACUCCAAGAUGCAGAUGUUCAUUUGGAACAACAUAUUCUUCUCCCUCGGCUUCGAUGUGAGGGACCACUACAAGGAGUUGGGCGGUGACUUCGCCGCCUAUGUGGCACCGCGCUACGACCUCCAUGGUGUGAGGGUAUACAAUGCCGUCGAUGUGGAGGGUCUGUACACCCUGGGCACGGUAGUGAUUGACUAUCGCGGCUACAGAGUGACCGCCCAGUCCAUCAUACCGGGCAUCCUAGAGCGCGAGCAAGAGCAGAGCGUUGUCUAUGGAUCCAUAGACUUUGGCAAGACUGUUUUGAGCCAUCCCAAGUAUUUGGAGUUGCUGCGGCAGGCGGGCAAGCAUCUGAAAAUUCUGCCCCACUCCGUGUACAACGAGCGAGAUGAGCCUGUCGAGCUCUGCUCUUCGGUGGAGUGCAAGGGCAUCAUUGGCAACGAUGGCAGACACUAUAUUCUCGAUCUGUUGCGCACCUUCCCGCCAGAUGUCAACUUCCUGAAGCUGCCGGAGGUCAAGCUCAGCACGGAGCUGGCUGAAAUGGGUUUCCCCAUCGAGCAUCGCCACAAGUUGUGCUGCCUCAGGCAGGAGCUGCUGGAGGCCUUCGUUGAGGAUCGGUACGUGAACUUCAUUCGGAUCGCUGCCAUGCAUCUGCAGCAGCUGAAUGCGAAGAAGCCGGAGGAUACAGAGCCAGAGAAGAAAAAAUUGCCUGCCAUAGAAGAGGCAGAAAAAGAGAGCAAAGAGAAUGGAAAUGCAACUGGUGAAAAUGAGAAGCAGAACGAGAAUCAGCCGGAACCGGAACCGGAGAAGGAGAAGGAACAGGCUACCCCUGUCGAAACAAAGAACGCCGAGGCGAUGGUCAAUGCCAUACGGGAAGCCCAGUCGAAUGUGGCCACCUCCAAUGAAAUUCAGGCUGCCGAGGUGGUCAAGCAGGCAUGCGCCGCCGUUGGCUCGAUGAAGGAAAAGGAAUUCGAUUUUCGCUUCAAUCCCGACGUCUUCUCUCCGGGCAUUCGCCACGUUGAUGGCGAGGAGGGCACCUCUGGGUCGGUGGCUAAGCAAAAGCUGCUCGUGCAGGAUGCCGCCGAGUUCCUUGUGGUUAAACAGAUACCCGCCUUUGUCAAGGAGCACCUAUCCCACUCCUCGCCCCCAAUUGAUGGCCAGAAUCUGACAGAGUCCCUGCACAGUCACGGCAUCAAUGUUCGGUAUCUGGGCAAGGUGAUCAAAAUGCUGGGCCAGAUGCCACGCAUGGACUACCUGUACCGCAUUGCCAUCAUGGAGCUGAUCGUGAGGGCAACCAAACACAUUUACUACACCUACAUGCAGAGCACCGACCCCAUGCAACUUUCCGUCGCCAUUAGCCAUUUUCUGAACUGCUUGCUGACCAACGGCCCCGUCAAUCCUGUCAUCAGCAACGAUGAGGUGCACAAGAAGCGUGGCGGCAACGGUGGCAAGCACAACAAGCACAAGUCCUCCAAGGGCGGCAAGGGACAACAGCAGGCGGCAAUCAAUCAGAAUGGUGGUGGCAGCUCAGCAUCCUCCUCCAGCUCCUCGGGCGCCUACGACUGGACUCUGGUCACACCGCGUUCGCUGUGGCAGCAGAUACGCAAGGAAUCGAAGGCGUACUGGGACUGGGAUCUCGACUGCGACUCCAUGGACAGUGCCAUGCAGAAGUUUGGCAUCAUGCGGAUUUGCCUGCUGCGAGCCUUCUGCCUGAAGGUGGGAAUUCAGGUGCUCCUGCGCGAGUACAACUUUGAUUCCAAGCACAAGCCCACAUUUGGCGACGAUGAUAUCGUCAAUGUGUUCCCAGUGGUGAAGCACAUAAGCCCCAGGGCCUCCGAUGCCUACAAUUUCUACACCACGGGCCAGGCCAAGAUACAGCAGGGACUGUUCAAGGAGGGCUACGAACUAAUCAGCGAAGCGCUCAAUCUGCUCAACAACGUAUUUGGGGCCAUGCACCAGGAGAACGGCUCAUGCCUGAGAAUGCUGGCCCGGCUCAGCUAUCUGCUGGGCGAUGCCCAAGAUGCCUUGGCCAUUCAGCAGCGUGCGGUUAUCAUGAGUGAGCGCGUAAAUGGCAUUGACAAUCCAUCGACCAUUUUGGAAUACACACACCUAUCGCUCUAUUCGUUCGCCAACGGACAUGUGGGAAUGUCCCUGAAACUUUUGUACAGAGCCCGCUACCUGUUGGUGCUGACUUGCGGCGAAGAUCAUCCGGAGGUGGCUCUGAUCGAUAGCAACAUCAGCUUGAUCCUGCAUGCGCUGGGAGAGUAUGAGCUGUCGCUGCGCUUCAUCGAGCACGCCUUGAAGCUGAAUUUGAAAUACUUUGGCAACAAGGCAAUGCAUGUGGCAGUCAGCUAUCAUUUAAUGGCUCGCACACAGUCUUGCAUGGGCGACUUCCGCUCAGCGCUGAACAAUGAGAAGGAGACCUACUCCAUUUACAAGUCACAGCUUGGCGAUAAGCAUGAAAAGACUCGGGACUCGGCCGAAUGUCUGCGACUGUUGACCCAGCAAGCUGUGCUCCUGCAGCGCAAGAUGAACGAUAUCUAUUCCAAUGGCAAGCUGACCAGCGACCUGCCGCCCAUUCACAUUACACCGCCCUCGAUGGGCUCAGUGCUGGAGAUGCUGAACACAAUCAAUGGCAUUCUGUUUGUGCAAAUUAGCCAACGGGACAUCGUUAAGGUGCGCAGCGAAAUUGAGAAGCAUUUGAAAGCCAAUACCGAUGAGAGUGAGGUGAACGAGGCGAUCAAAUCGAUGGUGGCUGCUGCGAAUAACAACGGGGAAUCCGAGAUUGUGGCGCCCGCUCAGCUGACAAAUGGCGAGACAGCAGCCACCAAUGAGACGGUAUCAAGUUGAAGACUCUAAAAGCAAGCAACAAACAAAAUGUCACAAAGUCGUAUCGUAUCGCCAAACUUAUUUUUGGGACUCUGCUAAAUUGCAACAUCAAAAGUUUUGAACAAACUGCAACGUCAACAACAACAACAACAAUAAGCAUGCUAAACAAAAUAACAUAAAUGAAGUGUCUGCGUUUUUUAAAGGCUGCUCCUUGUACUGCUCACACACAAACACACACACAUCGCAUCGCAACGCAACGUAUCGCGUAUAUAGAAAUACAUUACAUGUAGAACGGCUAUAACCCUUAAUGCGGUAUAUGCCAAUAAAAUAUUUUAGAAUUAGUCAAGCAAACUAUCAGUCAGUCAAUCCACACACAAACCAAGCAUCGUUAUCCACUUUCCCCCCAGCUAUAAGACAAAAAGUUGUAAUGUUUUCAAACAGAAACACACAGAUAGACACACACACACACAGAUUGUUUUGUUAACCAUUUGAGAGUGCCCAUCAAAUGCCUUUUAUAGUUAAUAAUAAUUCAUUGAUUGCACACAUCCUAUCCUACUAUAAUGCAUUCAUUGUUUUCUGUUGGAAUCAACUUCACAUCGAGUGCAUGAAUUGUUUUACAUUAAGGUGCGCCUUGGCAUUGGCAUAAAGAGAGAUCAGAGAAUUAUUGAAUGAGUACGUUUUUUGUUAUACAACCAUCAUAUAGAUAUAUAUACAUAUAUCAGAACAUUAUAUUACUUAUAAUGCAUACACGUUUUGCUGGGGUCCUUGCUGUGUCAAGGACUUGCCGAACAUUAAUCAUAUGAACAAAAUGGUUUUUUAUUAUUAAAAUGAUCCGAAAAAUGAUCAAUAAAAC